AUGUUAAUGAAGACAAAGCACAAUGAAUAUAUUGUAAUAGUUGAGCAAUAUGACGGAAGAAAAUUGAAGAAAAUGACAUAUGAAUUUACAGUUUGCGAGUUUAAUGACUUAGUAUUAGAAAGAAUUACAUCAAAAUAAAAUAUAAUGAAAAGAUAAUUAGUAAGUUUUGUGGCUCGUUUUGUAAAACAGCAUCCAUAGCUACAAGUAAAGACCCCUUUUUGUUAACAUGAACACGGUUGUUUGUAUAAUGUUUUAGAGGGACUGGUGAGAUCUUUUGGAAUAGCAUAUACAAUGAAAGCACUUUUUGGAUUGAUUUCUGCUUUGUUAUCUAAAAAUAAGAAAAUCAGCAAGGGUAGUUUAAUUUUAGAAGCAUUUAUUGGAAUAGAUACAUUGAAAUUUGCAUCAUUUCCUACUGUCUAUUCAUUAAUACAAAAGACCAUAAUUUGUGGAUGCAGACAUAUGACACAACAAGAUCUAAAAAUCAUGUCUUUUGUGUCUGGAUUUAGUGCUGGAUUUGUGAGCUUAAGUUUAAUAGAAGAAAGUAAGAGAAAGAAUUGGGCUUUGUAUUUGCUGACAAGAUCAAUGGAUACUAUGUUUAAUUCAUUAAUAAAUAAAAAUAUAGUUGCAAAACGAAGCUAUUAUUACAUCAUUUUUAUGGCAAUUGAGGUUUUGGUGACAGCUUAUGCAUUUGGUUGCGAAAAUGAUUGCUUAGAGGACUAUAUGUUGAAGUUUUAUGCUAGAUUUGGUAAUGAGAAUCAAUGUGAAUUGGACGAAAGGAAAUGUUGGCAUGAGAGAGUAAGAAGGCAGUUCGAAAAUAAAUAAUGA